AUGACUGACUGGCUAACUGCAGGUACAUCUACUGGCCGGAAUUGCGACGGUUAUCAAACCAGCACAGCUAGCCCCCCGGCUGCAUCUUCACCAUCAACCGUUUCCUCCCCAACCUCCGUUAUCUCCACAUAUACCACUCAACCCGAGGCGCAAUCAUUCCAGUUCUUCGUCGAGAAGACCCUAGUCAACUUCCAGACCUUCUUUGAAGAUGACUUAUGGAAUAGAAGGGUUCUUCAAGUAGCUCAGUCAACAGAUUGCAUAAGACAUGCUGUCGUUGCCUUGGCUUAUUACCAUCAGCUCUAUCUUACUCAUGAACAGUGGCGAAGUCUUGAGUCUGUAUCUGCACUGAAGCAUUACAACCUUGCCAUAAGGGAGCUUCUUAACCCAUCACCUGAUACUUCGUCACAGGGCCAUAUCCUUGUCCUGUCAUGUUUGAUUUUCAUCUGCAUUGAGCUUCUUCAUGGCAAGACGGACUCGACUAUUAGUCUCUUCAGAUACGGCUGCCGGAUGAUCCAUCAGUUCAGAAAGACUUUCUCGACCAACAGAGGCCACGGUUCUCAUACCAAGUCUGACGUCGAAGCGACCUUCAAUCUUGCUGAUGCCUGCUUCAGACGUAUUGCGGUCCAACUUCUUAUGCUCAUGGGUGACGUUGAUGCCGGCCUUUGGUCCUCAUACUACGAAACUUUCAGGAAUACACUUCCGCCUCCUGAAACUUCAUUUUCAUCCCUUUCUGAUGCAAGAGAAGCCAUACUGGAGCUUCUUGUUGAACAGGCCAGCCCUGGUUUGAAGGGAAAGCCAAUCUACGAAACAAUCUCACAUGCUUCAAAGGUCGAGCAGUGGGGCCAGUCAUUUGAUAACCUCUUGACUGAGCUUGGGAAUAGUGGCAAAUCGUUCAGUGCCGGUGACAAACGGGCAAUCGCCCUGCUGCAGCUUCAUCGAAAGUACCUGGAAAUCAACGUCGCGAAGUACCUGCACGGCCAAGGCGACCCAUGCUUUUGGGAUCGUUUCACCGCUGAGUUUGACGAGAUUGUCAACUACGCCGCCACAGCAGCCGGACUUGACAAGAACUACACUCAAAGAAACUGGGCCAACGAUUCUCCCUCAGAGGCAUAUUUCCACGUCGAUCUCGGGUAUACAUCAGUCUUAGUUUCAGUCAUCGCACGAUGCCGUGAUCCAUCCGUUCGAAGAAGAGCCAUUGCAGUCAUGCUAGCAGAGCGUGUACAAGAAGGGGUAUUCAAUGGAUCUCAGUCAGCCAGAGUAGGGGCAAGAGUGAUGGAACUUGAAGAGGCCAGGAGUGGAAGGGAGGUUAAGUGUAGUGGUGAUAUACCUGAGGAGGCGAGAGUAAGGACCAUUCGUGUGCAUUUGUUGGGGCCUGAAAAAAAGAAGGUGAAGAUGGUGUAUGGUUUUGACAAGGGAUAUUGGGAGGAGGUAAGGGAGAUGGCUGAGUAG